ACAUUUUUCAAGGCGUCAUAAGAAAAAUUUGAAAAAUUUUCCUAGUCAUCCUUUUCACAUUUUAUCCUGAUCUGCCUGUAUUGAGUUUUUGUUGGAAAAAAUUGUUCUAAAAAGUAAAAGCAACUUGUUUUUGCUGCAAAUUUUAAAUCUUUUAUAGUGAUUAAAACAGAAGCAUUUCACAAUGCCAGCUGGAGGUGCUUUAUUUGGUAGUACAAGUAGUGGACCCGGUUCAACAGGGGGUAACAAACAUUUGGUUGAGAUGAGAGCUGGAAAAAUGACUUUAAAAAAUCGUAUGGUUCAUCCCGAUAAAAGGAAGGGUCUGUUAUAUGUCUACCAAAGUGAGGAUUCUUUGAUGCAUUUUUGCUGGCAAGAUCGUACCAAUGGUGUUGUGGAAGAUGACCUAAUCAUUUUCCCAGACGAUUGCGAGUACGUAAAGGUGCCUCAAUGCACUACUGGCCGAGUUUAUUUGUUGAAAUUCAAGUCCUCUAACAGGAAAUUCUUUUUCUGGCUUCAAGAGCCUUCAGCAGACAAAGAUGAAGAAAACUGCAAUAGAAUCAACGAGUUACUUAACAAUCCGUCCAGUGCUGUCCAGUCCUCUUUAGAGCGACCAGACCAGGAUCUACAAGCACUCCUGAGUAGCAUGUCUCAGUCGCAACUGAUGCAGUUAUUUGGAGGUGCUGGGCAGAUGAGCGGUCUGUCGAAUCUAUUGGGGACUAUGAGGCAUGUGGGAAGUGCCAGGACUAAUACUCCUGCCAUAACCCACCGGACGGCAGCCAGUACACCAUCGACAAACACCCCAACUGUAGCAAGUCAAAAUGCUCCGGCAGUUGAAGCUACGCCUCCAAACAUGAGUGUCCCGGCAUCAACCCCGGCAGCACCUAGAGCAAACAAAGCCAGACCUUCGGCAAUAAAACCACCAGAGGGUAGCCACAUUCAAUUGGCAGAUUUGCAAAGCUUUUUGCAGGGCAUCGCACCAGCUCCUUCUACCACACAACAGCCUGGACAAUCUGUUGAUCUUUCUUCAGCUUUAACUGGCGAGGCCCUAUCAAGCAUCAUUAAUAACCCCGAGGCGUUACAGCAGCUUCAAGAACAUUUACCCGCCGUAGAUAGUAACACCCAGGAAGCGCUGAAGUCUACUUUGACUUCUCCGCAGUUUCAACAAGCAGUGUCACAGUUUUCUAGCGCAUUGGAAACCGGCCAAUUGGGCCCCGUGGUGUCUCAACUGGCAGUUAAUCCAGAUGCGGUCGCGGCUGCUUCUUCAGGAAAUAUGCAAGAAUUUGUUAAAGCUUUGGAAAAAUCAUCUACGGAGGCAAAAGAGAAGGAUAAGACUCCUAAAAAGGAUGAGAAGAAGAAGGAUGAUAAGGACGAUGAUGAGCAAAUGCAGCUUGAUUAAUUUGAUUUUUCAUUAUUUGUCAGUUUUGUAUUAGAAAUUAUUGGACUUAGUAUUUUUUUGCU